CAUAUUAUAUCCCAACACUAGCCACCUUGUCUCAUCUCCAGCUCGGCCUAGAUGUGGAUUCUCACCGGAUUGAGGAAUUAUAUGACAGACAAGAACGAGUGUAUCAGGCAUGAACACAGCGGACAUUUGUGGAGUUAAUGAAGGAAAGAUUACUCGGAGAUUAAAUUAUUGUUCAUCUUAGUGCGUAAAGUAGGCUGGUAAACCAAUGGAACGGUCUACCAGCCCAAGCUGUGGAAUCGAGAAAAGUUUUGGGCUUCAAAAUAGCCCUUGACACAAUUAUCAACAACAAUGGAGGAAUUGUACACAAGCCACUGGCCUCCUUCCCUCGACAUGGUCACCUCUAGUGGGUGGCCAUUAGAUGGGCAGUGGCAGUCGUUCUCGUUCCCCAGGGAGUGAGAGAAGAGACCGGUAUAGAAGGAGUCAUGAGAGAGAGAGGAGUAAUAGACGUGACAGGGAGAAAGAAAGAGAUAGAUAUCAGAAGCAUGCCAGGAGUAAAAGUAAGGAGAGGAGGAGUCAGAGUAGGGACAGACCCAUAAGAGAAAGAAAUAGAGGUUGGAACAGAGGGCGCCGGCAGUGGACCUCAUAUCCCAUGAAAAAUGAAAGAUAUAAUCGUAAGAAGGAACACAUGAGAGGUGACAGGCGAAGAUAUGGUAGAGACCACUCAAGUUCUGACGAUGAACAAGAGAGCUGGGACAAGUACAGAGGCAGAAAUGAUCGCUACAGGAAUAGAGAUAGAAGCUGGGACAGGUAUGGAGGGAGAAAUAGGAUGGAUAAUUUUAGUAGUGGUUAUGGACCAUCAGAUAGAUAUCAUAGAAAUAUAUCCCCGGAAAGAACCAGUAGAUCGUCACACGCCUCCGAUCGUCGAGAUUGGAAAACUGAAAAGAAAUCAAGAAAUGACUCGUCCUCAAGCGACUCAAGCAGUGAAAGUUCAUCUGAAGAAGACUCAAAGACUAAAAAGGACUCUAGUAGUAGUAGUGAUGAUUCAUCAGAUGAAGAUCCAAAGGUUAAAAAGAGACGAGAUGACACUGAUAAACAUGAACGUCCUAGAAAGAGUAAAAAGAAAUAUGAGGAUGUUGCCCCUUCCUCUGAUGAAGACCCUAAGAUUACAGAGAGGCAUGAUGACCGUGAACAUGCUAAAAGGAAACGAGCUAAAUCUAGUAGAUCUAAAGAGGUAGAUAGUGGAAGAGGCAAGGAAAAAAGAGUUCAUGAGAAGAAAUCAAAGAAAAACAAACAAUCAGAUUCUGAUUCUGAAAGUUCUGAAGAGGAAAAAGUUUCUCAUAAAGCAGUAAAGACAAAGGCAAGCAAGAACUCAAAUUCUAAUCGUGAAGUAUCUGAGUACAAAAAAAGUGGUCAAAGUGUGUCUAAAAAGAAGAAAUGUGAUGAGAGUUCCAGUAGUGAUUCUGAAGACUCUGAGCCUGAAAGUGUGUCUCCUGUGUUGCCAAAACAGAAAGGCGGUGUGGAGUUAAAUGUUAAAUCAAAAGUUUUGGAACUUGAAAAAGAACCAUCUAUGAAACGAUCAGAGAAAAAAAAACCUGAUAACUUAGUAAUUGAUUAUAAAAGUACAGUUCAUGGAAAAGUACACAGUAAAAUAUCAAGCAAAAAGAAAGAGAAGGGAAGUUUAGAUGUUGAUUUUAAAGAGGUAGGAACUGAGAAGGUAACCCAUAAUAUACCAGAGAAGAAUAUGGAUGAGACUUCAGAUAGUGAUUCAGAUAAUUCAGAGUUGGAGAAAGUGACUCAUAAAGUGUCAGAGAAGAAAACAGUUGAAAGCUUAAAUUUGAAAUCAGAAGCUCCAAGGUCGGAGAAUGUGUCCCGUGAAAUGUCAGAAGAGAAACUAAAAAAGAGUUCAGUUAGUAGUAAAAGUUUAAAAGGACCACAAAUACCCAAAACAGUGGAACUUAAAGUUUCAGAAGGGAUCAGACAGAAACGUAGCUCGCAGAAAGCUUCAAGUACAGAGGAAAGUGAUGCAAGUACAGAAACUAUUGCGUAUCAGUCUGAGUUUGAGACAAGUUCUUCUAAUACUACAACUAAGAAAGGUGCAGCUGACAAAGCAGGAUUAGAUGAAGGUACAAAGGUUGCACAAACACCAGUUGGUACACCAAAAGGGAAGGAGCUUGAUGCUGGAUUAAGUGUCAGAGGAGAACCACAGGAAAAGAAUUCUGAUACCAGAGUAAAAUAUAAAUUGAUCAGUAAUUCAGAUUUAGAUAUUAUUGAUUCCAAGAAGUCAAAACAUUGUGAUAAAACAGAAAAGGAAGCUGAUGCUGGACAUGUUGGUUUAACAUACAAAGAAAAAGCUGAUUCAACGUCCAAGCAUGAGGUUGACUCCACAUCUAAAAGACAAGCUGAAUCAACAUCCAAAGGCAAGGUUGACUCAACGCCUAAACGACAGGUUGACUCGGCAUCUAAAGGAAAGGUUGAUUCAACGCCUAAACGACAGGUUGAUUCAACGCCUAAACGACAGGUUGACUCAGCACCCAAAGGACAGGUUGACUUAGCACCUAAACAACAAGUUGACUCAGCACCUAAAGGCAAGGUUGACUCAGCACCCAAAGGCAAGGUUGAUUCAGCACCCAAAGGACAGGUUGACUCAGCACCUAAACAACAAGUUGACUCAGCACCCAAAGUCAAGGUUGACUCAGCACCUAAAGGACAGGUUGACUCAGCACCUAAAGGACAGGUUGAUUCAGCACCCAAAGACAAGGUUGACUCAGCACCUAAAGGCAAGGUUGAUUCAGCACCUAAAGGCAAGGUUGAUUCAGCACCCAAAGACAAGGUUGACUCAGCACCUAAAGACAAGGUUGACUCAGCACCUAAAGGCAAGGUUGAUUCAGCACCCAAAGACAAGGUUGACUCAGCACCCAAAGGCAAGGUUGAUUCAGCACCCAAAGACAAGGUUGACUCAGCACCUAAAGGCAAGGUUGAUUCAGCACCUAAAGGCGAGGUUGACUCAGCACCCAAACGACAGGUUGACUCAACAUCCAAAGGACAGGCUGAAUCAGUAUCCAAAGGACAGGUUGACUCAACAUCCAAACGACAGGUUGACUCAACAUCCAAAGGACAGGUUGACUCAACAUCCAAACGACAGGUUGACUCAACAUCCAAACGACAGGUUGACUCAACAUCCAAAGGACAGGUUGACUCAACAUCCAAACGACAGGUUGACUCAACAUCCAAAGGACAGGUUGACUCAACAUCCAAAGGACAGGUUGACUCAACAUCCAAACGACAGGUUGACUCAACAUCCAAAGGACAGGUUGACUCAACAUCCAAACGACAGGUUGAUUCAACAUCCAAACGACAGGUUGACUCAGCAUCCAAAGGACAGGCUGAAUCAGCAUCCAAAUUACUUACUCACAAAAACACUGAGAAGAAAUUAGAAGCAGAGUCAAGCACUGAGAUAAAAGUAGAUGUAAAUUCAGAGAAGAAAGAAGCACCAGGAAAUGAUAGAAUUCCAACCAAAAUCUUGGAAGAGAAGGAGAUUGAAUCUGGUUCUGAUGGCGAACAUUCAGAAAAUACGAAAAAGUCUGGAAAAAAGGUUAGCAGCAAGUCUGAGAUUGACAAGCAUGGGAAAAGUAAAUCAAAAAUACCCAAAAAGGGAAAUGAAUCAGAUGAUUACAAAAAGAAGAAGAAACAUAAGAAGCAUAAAAACAAAAAGUCAUCCAGCAGUGAUAGUGAUGUUGACUCUAAAGAAGGUGACAUACCAAGGGUGUAUGACAGUGAUGAAACAACUGAACAAGAGUUGUUGAGAAAAAAGAAGCAGCUAGAGGAGCAGCUACUGAUAGAAGAAGAGAUCCGCCAAAGAAGUGAGAACCUGGAGAGGGAACGUGAAGCUGCCCCUAGCAAGAAGGUCAAAGGUUUGGAUGGAAGUAAUGAAAGUGCCAGUCAGUUGCCUCCCAAAAAGAGCAGCAGCAAGGAUAAAACGUCUCGCUCUCGGUCCCGGUCCCGUUCUAGAAGUCAACCCGAAGUGAAGGCGGAGGACAAGAAGAGUAAGAAAGGUAAUGAUGAUAAAAGCGUCAAAAGUGACAAAAGGUCCAAGUAUCACAGCUCAGAUGAUGAGGACUCUACCAGAGGACGAGAUUCUGAAGAACCACAGAUUGGAGGACGGUACUGGGGAGGAGACCAUGGUAAGGAGAUCCCACGACUCCAAAAGGCCAAGCAACCCAAAACGAGUGACACUUAUUGGAAUAAAUAUGCUGACAAGCUUGGCAUUCAAAUUGAGGACCCUAGAAACAGAGGACAGGAAUCAGAGAGAGGAAGAAAUAAAGACAGAAGUGAUGACAGAAGGAGAGAGAGUGAUCAGAGGUUCAGAGACAGUAGUGAUGAAGGUGAUGGUAAACGUGAUGUGAGACGAAAGGAUGAAACAAAUGAUAAAGAUGAUAAAAAAAAUGAAAAUAAAGAGCCUGAACCACCUCCUAAAGAGCUAAUAAAAAAGCCAGUGAUGGAUCCAUUGACCACCAAGACUGGCGGUGCCUACAUACCACCAGCAAAACUGAAGAUGAUGCAGGCACAGAUUACAGAUAAGUCUAGUGCUAUAUUCCAGAGAUUGGCAUGGGAGGCACUGAAGAAGUCGAUCAAUGGUCUUGUUAAUAAAGUAAACGUUUCUAACAUUGGCAUAAUCGUGCGUGAGCUUUUACAGGAGAAUAUAGUCCGUGGAAGAGGUGUGCUGUGUAGGGCCUUGAUGCAAGCUCAGUCAUUUUCACCAACAUUUACUCAUGUGUAUUCUGCUAUGGUUUCCAUCAUCAACUCCAAGUUCCCACAAAUUGGAGAGCUAUUAUUGAAACGUCUGGUUAUCCAGCUCAGACGAGGUGUUAAGAGGAAUGAUAAAAAUAUUUGCAUGUCUUCUUGCCGCUUCAUUGCUCAUCUUAUAAACCAGCAAGUAGCGCAUGAAGUUGUGGCUCUGGAAAUUUUAACCUUUCUUCUCGAGAGAGCUAAAGAUGCAACUGAUGACUCAGAAGUUGCAGAGAAAUCAAGAAAUAAUUCCUGCGAACUUGCUAUUACAUUCCUUACAGAAUGUGGUAUGAAACUUAAUGAAGUCAGCCCCAGGGGAAUGAAAAUUAUAUUUGAAACUUUGAGGCAUAUAUUACAUGAAGGAAAACUGGAACAACGGGUUGCAUACAUGUUAGAAGUGAUAUUUGCAAUUGUUAAAGAUGGGUUCAAAGACCAUCCAUCUGUUGUAGAGGAAUUGGAUCUUGUAGAAGAAGAUGAUCAGUUUACACACAUUGUUGAACUAGAUGGAAAAUUAGAUAGUCAGGAUAUUCUUAAUGUGUUUAAACAUGAUCCAGACUACGAAGAAAGUGAAGAAAAGUACAAGGAAAUCCGUGCCGGCAUCCUAGGAGAUGAUAGUGAUGGCAGUAGCUCAGAGGGAGGCUUAGAGAGUGGUUCUGACAGUGAUGAUGAGUCUCAAGAUGAAGAAGAAAAACAAGAAGCUCAAACUAUCAUUGACCAGACGGAGACAAACAUGGUGGCCUUCCGUCGUACUGUCUAUCUUACAAUACAAUCUUCAUUAGAUGUAGAUGAAUGUGCUCACAAGUUGCUAAAGGGAGAGAUCAAGCCAGGCUGGGAGACAGAAUUGUGCAACAUGAUUUUGGAUUGCUGUGCUCAGCAGCGUACUUACAUAAAGUUCUAUGGUCUUUUGGCUCAGCGCUUCUGUAUGAUCAAUAAGGUGUAUCAAGAACCUUUUCAUCAAAUCUUUAGGGAUGCAUAUGACACUUGUCAUCGUCUUGAGACAGAAAAACUUCGCAAUGUGGCUCGUCUCUUUGCCCAUUUACUGUUUUCAGAUGCAAUAUCUUGGGAAGUCUUGAAACAUAUUCACUUGAAUGAGGAUGAAACAACCAGCUCUUCAAGAGUCUUCAUUAAAAUUCUUUUCCAGGAACUUGCGGAGUUCAUGAGUUUGGCAAAACUUAAUGAGAGACUGCGAGACCCAACUCUUGCUCCAGCUUUUGAGGGUCUGUUACCCAGGGACAACCCACGCAACACUCGCUUUGCUAUAAACUUUUUUACCUCAUGUGGUCUUGGUGGUCUCACUGAUGGGCUUCGAGAAUUUCUUCGGACUCAACCCAAGCCAACAGCAGUGGUGGCACCAGUACAGCAGCAUAUUAAUAAAAAUGAAAGUAACAAGAGUGAAGAUAAUAUCAGUAGUGAAAGUAGCAGUGAGAGCAGCAGUGACAGUGAAAGUAGCAGCAGCAGUAGUAGCAGCAGUAGCAGCAGUAGCAGCAGCAGCAGCAGCUCAGACAGUUCCUCAGAGAGCAGUAGUGAUAGCUCUGACUCAUCAUCGAGUGAGUCUGAGGAUUCCUCUGAUCUAGAGAUAGAGAGGAAGAAGAAGAAGAAACAAAAGAAGAAAGAGACCAAGAAAAAAGGUCUUUCAGGUAAAAAUAAAUCAAAAACGAACAGAAAGAGUGAAAGGUUUGGAGACAACAAAGGCAGCAGCAAGAAGAAGAGUGAGAGUGAAGACGAAGAAAUGUUUGUUAGGCGAAGGGAGGAAGACUUAGAUGAUCAAAAAGAACGAGAGAGAGGUGAGAGGUGGAGGAAAAUCAAUAGUGAUGACUGGAGUAGGAGGAGGAGGAGAGAUGAUAGCAGUGAGAGUGGAGAUGAAGAGAGAGAAGACGUAUAUGAAAGGAAAAGAAGUCGUGCUCAUUCAAGAGAAAGAAAGGAAGGUGAAAAUACAGAGAAGAGAGAGAGACACAGCGAUGAUUAUGAUGAAGGAGGAAGAAGACGAACACAAGGCGAUCACACGCGGUCAGAUGAGAGGAGAAGAGGUGAUGACCAGGAUGCUGGAUAUCAAAGGAAAAGAGGAGAGAAGAAGGAUUUAAAGAGGAGACAUAACAGUGAUGAUGAAAGUGAGGAAGAUGAGAGGAGAGGUGACAGUGGAGAUAGAGGAGAUAAAAGAAAAAAGAGACAUGAUAGUCAAGAAAGAGAUUCAAAGAGGAAGAGAAAUGAUUUUGAUGAGAGAGCACCAGAGGAUGAGAAAGGAGCAGAGGGAUGGAAGCAACGAGGGGAACAUGAGAGUGGAGAUCAUAAAGAAUGGAAAGGACAUAGAGAAGAAGUGAGGGAGAGAGAGAGAAAUCACCCACGGGAUGGAGGAGACUGGAGAAAAGAAAAGAAAGUUCAUGGUCGUAGAUCUGAAAGUAGUGGUGAUGGUCGAAGAGGAUGGGAAAGAAACAGGUAUCAUUAAGCUUACGUUAAACUUGUAAUAUAGAACUAAGUGACUCGAUUAAAUAAAGUGUGUGUGGAUGAUGUUCUGAUUAUUAGUAAAUUAUGUAGUGUAAGUGAUACAUAAGUUACAUAGUGUUUACUGUAACUCCACAACUGUACAUUUUGUAUUUUUUUCUUGUCUAGAUUUGUGUGUUGUAUUUUGGUAAGGUGGCAUAAAAUAAUACUGUCAAAACAGAUUGGUUAUCGCUCAGAUCAGUGACUGCUAAAUUUGGACUUCUUUCAUUCAAUAUGAUGUUUUUAAUAUAUAUAUAUAUAUAUAGGUAUUUUUUUUUUAUUUAUCAUUAUUUUUUUGGUAUUGUCCUUUGAAUCCUUUGUGUCUCCUACAAUACAGCAGCUGGCUCAUAUGGAACAUCCUCCACACACAAACCAUCUACGCACAUUCCCAGAGAAUCCUUCAUCAACACAGAUUUCUUAUUUUUUUUGGUCAUUACUGCACGUAUAUCCUUUUGCCCUACACUUGAAUAGACCAUUUAAAUACGUUUUUCCACAUCCUUUCCUGUCAGAUGUCUGAUGAACCUUGUACCUUGUCUCAUGUUUUGUCAUCCAUUGUCUUCCCAACACUACAUAUGUGUCCUAUUUUCUCACUCCUCUACUCUUUACUGUUACAUCUGCUCCUUUAGGAAUUGUUUCACCAGCUUCUUUAAUAUUAGUCAUUGUACGUUACCAACCCAUGUUCUGUUAACAGUGUUGUAUAUGUCACAGGUUCUUCUAACAAACCUCAUGUCACUUGAUAAUAUUUUUUAGUUAUUUUCUAACAUGUAGUAAGAACAAACCAAAAUACAAUUUUCUUGUUGUUAUUAGAUAAAAUUUUAUGGACUAGGACUAAUACAUAUUUUGAUAUCUUUUAAGUUACUGUAUUCCUAAAAAUUUAUUGUUCAAGUAAUAUAAUACAGUAUACAGCACCUUUAUUGUCUGGAUUAAUUUUUUUCCAAAAAGAUAUGUCAUCAAAUUAGUAUGUAUUAAGAUGUAACUGCUAAGCCAAGCAUAGAUUUGCUUUUACCUUUAAGCAGUAAAUGUUGAUUUUUUAUGGGAUUGAAAUAUUCAAAACAAUAGAAUUAGUGUGCAAUACAGUACAGUACUAAUAUUUCAUGCCUUUUCCGGCUGUGAAGCAGACUGGCCGGACAGGUGCCAAUGCUAGCAUUCAGCAGCUAAUGGGUUUCCUUUGGCAAGAUGCUAGUCCACCAAAGGGUUGUCAGACCAUUUGGAAGUGCACCUGAUAGUGUACCGUAUUCAUUUUUUGUGAUUGUGUUGUAGGUGGCAGUGAAUCGUAGUACUACAGUAAUAUUAUGAAGGGUUAGAACUUUAUGAAAGGAAGUUUUGUUGCUUCUACAGAACCCAUGAGGCAUGACAUGAAAUUUUGAAGUUUGAGCAGUGUAAAAAAGUUUUCAUUUCUUCCAUGUACAGAAUUCUUACAAAUGACUCAAUUUAGUUAAAAAGAGAUACAAAUGCAUAAAUUAUUUUACAAAGCUAGUGAAUUGAACAUCAUUAUGGCUGACCUGUAUAUUCUCAAGGAAUUCCUUAAUAUACCAUCAGACAUGAAUCAAUAAUGGUGUUUGAUUGCAGAUAUACUGUACAGUACAGUAUCAGUAAUUUAUAAAUUACUUUAGAAAGCUAAAAGCUAACAUUCUUCAUGGUGUCUUGCUGGGCCCUUCCCAAGCAAGAAUAUUGAGCUUAGUCUGAGGCAUCAUCAAGGAAGAGUAAUUUGCUGUAAUGCACACCUCAACAUGUAAUGUCCCUCCAAACCUGCCUGGAUAAUUGUGUAAUCCAAAGCCUUGUGUGUUUGUAGUGCAUAGCAUUACUCUUCUAUUGUGGUGCCUUUUACAUCUCUAUACCAUAUUACUGAAUUGAUUAUAUACGUGUUUAAAUAUUCAUAGAUAAAUGUACCAUAAAAGGUAUUUUAAUUUACAGUAUUUGUUUCGUAAUUUGUAUUUACAUUAGUCUAUGAACUUCACCCAGGUGGAAGGAGAGAUAUCAAUACAGUAUAAUAUUCAUAUUUUGUACUGGGUGUGUAUGUCCAUUAAAGAAUAAAAGAUCAGAGAAAGAAUUAACAACAACUAUCUUCACCAUGCUCUCUACAGGAUAAUUCUUCACAUGUUUUAAAUAUUAAUGGGUUUUAGGGUAAUAGUAAUCCUCUGUUCAUGAUAAAUGUUCAUGGGUGAAGUAUCAUUACCAGUCUUGGUAUAGAUGUACAGUAUACUGUACCUCCCUUAUUAAUAAUGAGGCUGUAAGAUCACAAGUUGAGGUUACCAAGUAUGUAACAUUAAAAAAAGCUUAAUAUGUUCACCGUAUUGUCAGCUUAUAAUAUACUGUAUGUCUUUAUUUACACAUAUACAACAUACACACACACGCACACAAUACUCUCUUUUGCAAGCCUUUACAACUAUAGUACAUGAAAUCUUAUUUGAAAAUAGAAGUUUUGUAGUACUGUACUGUACUGUAUUUUGAAAAUGGGAAUAUUCAGCCCAUCCUGCUUCUGGCUUACCCAUUUAGCAUAUUUCAAUAAGUACACACUAACACUUUAUAAAAUGUCCAAAAUCAUACACAUUUAGAAGGUGGAAGUGUCUACAAAGAGAAGAUUUAAUGAGUCGCCAAAAGACUUGUGAUGACACCUUAAUAUGAAAGAUGUCCUUCAGGGAUUAUAACUGUUUUUUAAUAUACUGUACAGGUACUGUAUCCCCUGUAUAAGAAAGGGUUGAGUUCCUGGAAAUUCAUUUGUUUUUCUGUAGCUAAAAAAUGUAUAAUGAAUGGUAGAACCUAUGUAUUAUUUGGGGUUAUGAUGCAAGGGAAGAACAGCAAUCUUUUACUAAUAGUAGAGUCCUUGUAUUAUUGUGUUGGGGUCAUGAUCCAGGAAGGAAAAAUGUUGGUCAACUGUCUUUUUUUUUCUUUCUUUUUUCAAGUCACUGUUUGCCAUUGUAUGUUAAUACUAUGGCAAAGAAUAAGUUCAUUGAAAACUAUAAACAUUACACUAUUCAGGUACAGUAGUGUGUUCAGGUAAAUGAGUCUCUGCAUUCUGGGUGACCAUGACCACAAGAUAGCUAAAAGUUUGCAUUCUUUAAACAAAAGAGGGUGUCAAAAUGUGAUUGUUAUUUGUUCAAACAAAUUUUGCUUUUAUAUCGAGAAAAAGAAGUGUCAAUGUGCAACUUUCGUUAAAACAAAUUUUCAUUUAUCGGGCAUCUGUAUCUAUGCAGUAUUGGGAUACUGUACCUGUAUUUGCAGCCAGUACAGUACUGUAAUUUGUAAUAAAAAUUGAGAAUUGA